AUGGGUUGUAAGACAUGCAUGGAAGAUCGGAUCAGUGGAUUGCCAGACGAACUUCUUUGCCACAUACUUUCUUUCCUUUACACAAAGGAAGCUGCAAAGACCAGCAUUUUAUCACACAGAUGGAAAAAUGUGUUGGCUUCUGUUUCUAGCUUUGACUUCUGUGUUCAGUCACCAAAUAUGGUCUCAGAUCGUUGCGCAGGGUUCGUGGAUCGAGUACUUGCCCUUGGUGGCUCCUCGUACAUUCAUAGAUUGCGGCUCGAAUGUGCUAAUAUCGAGGAUUAUUUUUCCCGGAUUGAUGCUUGGAUUUGCACUGCUAUUUCACGUAAAGUUGUGGAACUUGAUCUUUGCUUGCUCUCGUAUUCGUGCCAGAGUAGUUUUGAGUUGCCUAGAAGCCUUUUCAUGUGCGACACAUUGGAGGUUUUGAGACUGAGGGUUAAAUCAAAUCUUAUUACCAAGCCUCCAACCUCAAAUUGUUUCCCUAGUCUCAAGUUUAUGCAUGUCACACUCUACCGUCCUUUUUAUGACCCAACACUCUACCGUACUUUUUAUGACUCAACUCGGAACCUCUUUUCUUGUUGUCCUGUACUUGAAGAUUUGAUUAUAGAUGGAUUUGUUCACCAUAAACCAGCUUUUCUAUUUAAUGUCUUUGCGCCUAAACUGAAAAGACUAGAAAUAAAUUUGUAUGUCAUUCUGGACAGAAAAUCUAAUCAUCCUAAUGGUUGGAAUCUGGAGGAUAAAUUUUGGAAGAAUGCAGAAUCCCUCAGCAAAGCGAAAAUCGCUCUCCGAGUGCCUCCAACGGGUUACCCCGGAGAUAUUUACUUAUGGCAAUUGCUUCAUUAUGCUGAUCAAUUAAGUAAGCUUUUAGCAGGAAUUAACAAGGUUACAUAUUUGUCAUUUUCAGCUCCAAUUUCGGAGAACAUACAGUGGUGUUGGAAACAUGCUGAGGGUUAUCUAGUAGCACAUAAAUGGCGUCCACCAGAAUCUGUGCCUGUUUGCUUGUUGUCCAGCAUCAAAACUAUUUGCAUACAUGGAUUCUACGGGAGGCCAUACGAGAUGGAGGUGGCAAAGUAUUUGCUGAAGCACGGCGAGGUUUUGACUAAGGUGACAAUUUUUUAUACUAAUGAUUUGGGUGUAGCAGAAGAGAUGAGGUUACGGCAGGAACUUUCGAAGUUCCCAAGGGGUUCAAAGACUUGCCAAGUUGAACUUUUGGAACUCAAGUCCUAG